GAACUAAUUUAAAGGCGAACUGUACCGAGUCAGGAAAGAAAACGUGCGAACAGUGUUUAACAUGUUUUUAAAUUUUGUUUUUUUAGAAACGUGUUUGUCUGACAUUUGACGUUGAAAGGUGGUCAUUGUUUAUUUAAACCACAAACCGUUCUACGUUUAACAGUGAGGUUGGAAUAUUUGAAAGAAAACCAUGAAGAAAAAAGCUCACCGCAGAGGAGAUUCCUCAUCUGAACUGCAGUCCUCUGACUAUGUUGUGGGUCAGGUGUCUGGCAGUUUAUUCCAGCAAAACUCUGCUGCUUCUGGGUCACUUUCAGUGUUAUUCAGCACAGCUGCAACAUCCUCAUCUCUUCUGUUCCAACCUGCUCCAAAGCUAAUUCCGAGGAGUGUGGAAAGAGAGGAGCUGCAGAAAGGAAGUGCAGAUGGAAUAAGACAAGAGAAACAGAAAAAGAAGAAGCCUCCCAGAGAGAGCUCUGUCGCAGAGCAGAAAGUUGAAAACAGGGAGAGCAGCUUACGGGAAGCAGAUGACGAAGAACAAGAUGAUUCUUCAGUGAAGAAGAAGAUUAAGAAGAGGAAGGUGUUGGAGUUGGACAGAGAGCAGGAUGCAGAGUACUGGGUGCUGAAGAGGCAGAAGAUGAAAGCCAGAAAACACGAGGAGGCAACAAAGACGAAGAGGACGGUGUUCGUCGGCAACCUUCCUGUCACCUGCACGAAGAAGACCGUGUUGAAUCUCUUCAAGGAUAAAGGAUCCAUUGAAUCAAUUCGCUUUCGCUCUCUGGUCAGAGAAGAUCCCGCCAUGUCUCGAAAACUUGCAGCUAUCAGACGACAAGUUCAUCCUCAGAGGAAAAGCAUGAACGCCUAUGUGGUGUUUAAAGAAGAGGCGGGGGCCAUCAGGGCUUUGGAGAGCAACGGCAUGGAGGUGGAGACGAACUACAACAUCCGAGUGGACAGAGCGACAGACGGCUCCUCUCACGAUCACAAGCGGUCCGUUUUUGUUGGGAAUCUGCCGUUUGAUAUACAUGAGCAGGCAUUCCGAAAGCACUUCGAGACCUGCGGGACAGUGGAAGCAGUGCGACUGGUGCGGGACAAGGACUCAGGACUGGGAAAAGGAUUUGGAUACGUCCUGUUUGAGAGCGCAGACUCGGUGCAGCUCGCACUGGAACUGAACGCCUCCAAGCUGGAGGGACGCUCCAUCCGCGUGAAGAGGUCCGUGAAGAAGGAGAAACAGAAAAACCAAACCGGCGGCAAAGAAACCGCCAAGAAACCCGCAAAGAACAAACGUUCAUGGCAAGACAAAAGUCCCGGACGCUUCAAAUCUUCCAAAAAGGUUUUUGGCAAUCAGCAGAAGUCCGAAAAAAAGUCCACCUCCUUUAAAGGCGAGAUGGUAGAUCCAAGCAAAAAGCCUAAAAAGAAAGGUCUAAAGAAGAAAGGAAAGGCAAAGAACAGGGUUCAUAUCUGAACUGCUGAAGAGACUUUCUGCUUUUUACCGGAACUUUUUGUUCUGCCGGUCAUUAAGAUCUCUCAGUACGGAGAUCCGAGGACCCCACCAGACCAUCCGUUCCCUCAUUUGUCCAAAAAUCAGGGAAAGAUUCUUCUGCAAACGCUGUCAUCUACGGGGGAAAUGCGUUCCUGCAGCCGGCAGCGUCACUUCUGACCCAGAACCCGAUCAUGUUUCUGUUGCAUCUGCUGUUCCGUGUCAGUUUGAUUUCUAAAGAAAACAUUUAAUUCACAGAAAGCUCCAGGAAUCAACAUUUCUGUAAAACAAAAUAAUAAAAUGUUUUCAAAAUACGGAGGAC